GUGUCUUGGCAUGUCGCACACCUGCAGUCCUCGUGCACUUUGCGAAAACAUUAAAGGGUCAUACAAUUGUGUAUGUAAAUAUGGAUUCACUGGAAACAACGGACGAGAAUGUAAAGGGGCUACUUCGUGCAAAGAAGCUCAUGACCAUAACAUAACCAAUAGGAAUGCUGUGGUUACCCUUCUCGUUGACUCUAAACCAGUCUCCGUUUUCUGUCACACGGGUGAUUUUGGAUGUGGAGAUGGAGGAUGGACACCAGUUAUGAAGAUCAACGGCUAUAAGUCCACCUUCCAUUACGACGCAAAUUAUUGGAGCAAUUUCGAAGAAUUCAACCUUCCCGGUGGAAAGACUGGGUUUGACAAAGAGGAAUCAAAACUACCCACCUAUUGGAACACAUCUUUUACCAAGAUUUGUCUCGGUAUGAAGAUCGACCAAAAGCUCAGGUUCAUUGCCAUCAACAAGCAAGCCGACUCUCUGCACUCACUGAUCGCUGAUGGCCAUUACCGCAACACUUCACUGGGUCGCGACAAGUGGAAAGAGUUGGUUGGUAGCGACGCCUCUUUACAGAAACACUGCAACAUGGAAGGGUUCAAUGCCUUUAGUAGUUGGAUGAAUCGUUCUAAAACCAGAAUUGGUAUUGUUAGCAAUAACGAGAAAGACUGUCAAUCUUGCAACUCUUUUAUAGGCUUUGGCACAGGAGGUCACCCUAAUGAUGCAAAAUCCUGCGGAAACGAGGCAACGGAUGAUAGUUCAGACAAAGGGAGGAAAAGUAUUAAAGCCAUGGGGUACAUUUUGGUACAAUAAAACUCGAAUUUGUUGGCUUAAGUCCGUAAAUCACGUUUGCUUCACCUUGGAGACAUCUGUUUGCGACAAAGCAGUCCAGUAAAGGGGUCGGCAGAAACCCCCAAAUAUGACUGAAAUGACAAUGACUGAAAGAACUACGAAUUGAAACCAAAUUCUGAAUUUUUAGUUGUCCUUGCCUCCAUCUUAGACUUCAACGUAUAAGCAAGUGUACCUGUUAUAGCCGUUUUCUCAUAAGAUAUUAGCACUCGGAGUUAGGUUUACACAAAAUUGAAGUAACAAACGGGUGAAAUGUUGACCAAUUAUUCCCAAAUCAUUUUAUAUACAUUUUCUUUCACUGGUAAAAGAGUGGAAAAGCUAAAGUACACUCUGGUUCUAUUGGUUACAGGUUGGUAUUUUAGUACGUACAAUACCUGUCGUUUGCAGAGGUUGCUGAAAACAGUGAAAACUGAAACCGCUUCUGGUCUUUUUACCAUACUCGUUUGAAUAAAAUUGAUUUUUUUAAGAGCGGAAGUAAUUACUCCUUUGCUAAUCAUUCUAUUCAAAACGAGUUCUUUAAAUCGCUCAGUUUCAGCAAAAUUAGUUCAACACAGUAGCGUCGCCUUACUUAACGCUUUUUUGUAAGCUGAAAAAAGCAA